CCAGUCCAUGCAUACUUCUCUUCUUUGAUUAUCAUGCUAUGCCGCCUGUAGUUUCUCGUAGGGGUCAAAGAAUUGCCUCUAAAGCAUGUGAUAACUGUCGGGAUCGCAAGGUCCAAUGCGUGUUCGAAUCCCCAGAAAGUCCGUCUUGCCGCCGCUGCACCGACGCCAAUGGCCCUUGUACAUUCUUGAAGGAGAGAAAAGCUCGUGGGCCUCCUGCUCGGCGAGUCCCUAGCACCCAGGCUCUUCCGGUGGGCAACCUCUCAAUUGAGCUACUAUGCCCCCACGAUGUAUUUCUCAGUAUACUAGAAGAUUUCUUGCACAUCGUGUAUCCAGUGCUACCACUUGUUCAUAGGCCAACAUUUCGGCUGCUGGUUGAAAGCAAAAGCUAUACCAGCGAUCCGGCCUUCUUCCGCCUUUGCAUCGGCCUGGUUGCUGUCACGGUCGCGUCGAUUCCGCGGAAUUUUGAAAAGUAUGGCGCUUCAAUGUAUCCAGACGUGGGUUCAAUGGUUGACAGAGCUUGUCACUUGGUCUUGUUGAGUAGGAUCUCGCUCGAACCUCAUUGGCAGAAUCAGCCCUCGAUGAACUCAAUGUUGGUCUCCAUUUUGCUGACCAUGGCUUCUCAUUACGUUGGUCGCCAGAAUCAAGGAUGGGGAUACGCGAGCGAAGCAAUCCAGUUCUUCCGAGCACUUGAGCUGUUCAGGAAAGAAGGAUACGAGAAGUUGAGUCCGUGGGAAUGCGAACUUUGUAAGCGGGCAUUCUGGGUGCUUUACAUCAUUCAAAUUCACGAUCGAUUAUCGUUCAUUGUGCCCCACACAGGCCUUAGUUUCGAUCCCAAGCACACAGACUGGGAGUUCCUUUUGCCAGCAGAGGCGGGAGACGAUGACCUGACGGCAUGUACGAAUGACCCAGACACCUAUCACAAUGGAAAGGAAUUCUACAACCGAGAGCCGCCCCUAAUCUGUGGGUUCAUCGCACUUGUCAAGGUGUUUCUCUGCGUUGUGGAUCUUCUUUCAAGCGGACUUUUCCCAGGGACAGCACCGCAAGCAUACGCAAUGACUGGCGGAUCACUCACAUUACCAGAAGCAGCAGGAGACCGCAUUUCGCACUCAUCAAGCAGAUCGACACUCAGUCUAACUUCGUUGCUUCGCAUCAUCAGAAAUCUACAAAGUGCUCUAGAAGAACUCCCGGAACAGCUCAAAAUCACCACAAUGGAUCCGCAAGUUCGAUCUCCUGAUGGAUCGGAGCACGCACUCAGCGCCACCACACAGUUUCAAUUCGACAUAAUGCGCGCCAACAUCCAUAUCACAAGCCUUUAUAUUCAAAGCACCGUCUUAGAAGCCUGUUCAAGUGCGUUCGCAAAUAACCCCAACGAUUCUUUCGCACCUUCUCCGGGCGACGAUGCCCAUUCCAGUCCUGGAUACACACCACGAACCCAGCUAUGGAAGUUUCGAGAGAGCAUCGCUAGGGAGUUACUCGAGGUUCUGCACUUCUGUUCGACUCGCACCCUUGAGGCUAGCGGGUCCUCGAUGAUUGUGAAAAUUCGAGAGAUGGCUGCGACACUCCUAGAUUCAGAUAACGAUCUCGGCGUCCCAAGCGAGAGCGAGGAGCAGCUAAGACGCUAUGUCGUCCAGUUCGCAGAUAUAUUAGCGAAUCUCGAUUACAUGGGUCAUUCAACAGUCAUACCAGCAAUCUUUUCGGCACAUUGAAAGACAAAUUUGUAACACUAAGUACUAAUCUAUCACUUUGGAAAAUAGAUUAUGAUCUAUUAUAUUAUUAUUAUUUGUAGCAAUA